UUAGGUUACAAAACAUGACCUUUUGCAAACAAGUAUAUAAAUAAAUAUAAAUCAAUUAUUUAUUUAAUAAAAAAAAUGACAUUAUUAAGGGUAUUUGCAUCUUCAAGAAAUUUAUUUAGAAAUAAUGGCACAACAAGAGAUAUACCUUGGCGGCAUAUUAUAAAAAAAAAGGAUAAUUUAUUACAAAAAAUAAAACAAGAAUUAAUAAUAAAUAAAAAUAAAUUAAUUGAAAAUAAACCAAUUAAACUAAAUAAUAUAUCAAUUGGUUUUGGAAUAGCAACAAGUUUUUAUUUAAAACUUCAUUUAAAAAAAGCAAAUUGUCAAAGUUUAAAUGAUCAUGAUUUAAGUAUAAUACAUGAUCAUAAUAAAAAAUUAAAUGAUUUUCAAUGGAGAAAAUUAAUACAAUAUAUAUUGCCAAAUAUUUGUCACUUGUUAAUAGCAAUAACUAGUGCAUUUAUUGUAGCAGUAUUAAAUAUUUGGAUACCCCAAUGUGUCAGUCACAUUGUCAAUGUCAUAACAAAAGUAAGACAAGAUGGAAAAGCAAGUGAUGGUGAUUUUAUGACUAGUAUUUUUCAACAACUAGCAUUACCAGCAUUUAAAUUAGCUCGCAUGUAUGUAAUUCAAGCACUCUUUACAUUUACUUAUGUAUACACCCUGUCAUGUGUAGGAGAAAGAGUAGCAAUGAAAUUACGUCAAGAUUUAUUUAAAUCAAUAUUACAUCAAGACAUUGAAUUUUUUGAUAAAAAUCGUUCAGGUGAAAUAAUAAGUCGUUUAACAAGUGACAUACAAGAAUUUAAAAGUUCAUUUAAAACUCUAAUAUCACAAGGUUUACGUAGUUGUACACAAUUAGUUGGUUGUGUUGUAUCAAUGAUAAUAAUAUCACCACAAUUAACUGGUCUUAUGGUAUUAUGUAUGCCAACUGUUGUUUUUAUUGGUAGUAUUGUUGGUCGUAGUUUACGUAAAUUAUCAGCAGAAGCACAAGAACAAAUUGGUAAAUCAACAGCUGUUUGUGAAGAAGCAAUACAAAAUAUUCGCACAGUACGAGCUUUCGCAGCUGAAAAUAAUGAAAUUGAAAAAUAUUCAGAAGAAAUUGAAAAAUCAGCAAUGCUUUAUGAAAAAUUAGGUCUUGGUAUUGGAUUUUUUCAAGCUGGUACAAAUUUAUUCUUAAAUAGUAUACUACUAUCAACAUUAUAUUUUGGUGGGCAUUUGUUAUCAAGUGGACAAGUAUCAUUUGGUGAUCUUAUGGCAUUUUUAAUGGCAACACAAACAAUUCAACGUUCAUUAACAUCAAUGUCAUUACUUUUUGGUACUUAUAUUAAAGGUGCUAGUGCUGGUGCAAGAGUAUUUGAUUAUUUAGAAAUGAAUCCAUCACCAAUGAUGAUUUAUGGUGAGCCAGUUGUCAAUAAAUCAUUAUCAAGUAAUAUAUCAUUUGAUAAUGUUAAUUUUAGUUAUCCAACAAGACCAGAUUAUUCUGUUCUUUCAAAUUUUAAUUUAAAUAUACCAGCUGGUAAAACUGUUGCAAUUGUUGGAUCAAGUGGUAAUGGUAAAUCAACUGUUGCUGCAUUAUUAGAAAGAAUGUAUGAUGUUACUAGUGGAACAAUAAAAAUUGAUGGUGUUGAUAUUAAAACAAUAAAUUCAAGUGAUUUAAGAGGUAAACUUAUGGGUUAUAUUGAUCAAGAGCCAAUUUUAUUUUCAACGAGUAUUAUGGAAAAUAUUAGAUAUGGUUGUUUAGAUGCUACAGAUGAAGAAGUUAUUGAAGUUGCUAAAAAUGCAAAUGCCCAUGAAUUUAUAACAAAAUUCCCAGAUGGUUAUGAUACUCUAGUUGGUGAAAGAGGUGCACAAUUAUCUGGUGGUCAAAAACAACGUGUUGCUAUUGCUAGAGCAUUAUUAAAAAAACCAUCUAUUUUAAUUCUUGAUGAAGCAACAAGUGCCUUGGAUUAUGAGAGUGAAAGAAUUGUACAAACAGCACUUGAUAAUGCAACAAAAGGAAGAACAGUUCUUGUUAUUGCUCACAGAUUAAGUACCAUUAAAUCAGCUGAUAUUAUUGUUGUUUUACAACGUGGAUCAAUUGCUGAAAUGGGAACACAUGAUGAACUUAUUAAAAAACGUGGUGCAUAUUUUAAUCUAGUUAGUCGAGAAGAAAAUGACAAGAAAAACGAACAGUAGGAUUUGUGAAAGAUGACAAAAUUCAUUCACAAUAUAAACAAUGUUAAAUUGUUGAAAUUAUUUAUUUUAAAAAUAAAAUAAGUAUAUAGUAAUAAAAAUGUU